AGUUUGAAUCAAAAGGUUAAACGUAUACACUUAUAUAUAAAGUUCCUCUCCUCCUUCUCAUUUUUAAACGAACUCGUUGAUCACCCACGCGAUCAUUAUUAUUAUUAUUUCUCUCUUUCAGUGCUGUCAUUUGCCGGAGUUGGUGCCGUGAUUUGUGUUCGCUCUAACGCUUCUAUACAUUCUCAAAAUAGUUCUCUCCACCUCAAUUAAAGUUCUUCUUUCUUUUAAACAUGAACUCAACCGCAAACGACAUCGCAGAGUCGCGGCGACCGAAGAAGCUGACGGUCAGCGAGCCCUACUACCCUCCCGAGGCGCGCAGCGUGGACUACGACGUGAACGACGCCGACACUAGUGCGAUGGAAGACAUGCCGACGCACGCCGAGCCACUGAAGCAGGCGCAAAACCUUCUGUCAACGGACAAGAUAAAUCAGUCGUCACCAAAGUCCGCCAUGCAGAACUUCCUGCAAACGGUCCCACAUCUCUUCACUCUGACCCCGGAGCAGAUCUCCAGCCUUGAUGUGAUGAUUCGCGAAUACAGCGAAAUGGACAUCAUCAUCGAGGAAGGAUCGUACCUGGAGCACAUUUACGUCCUGGCCUCUGGCACGGUGGAGGUGAUGAACUCGAAGAAGGGUCUGAAACGCGCAUUUGGGCACCGCCGCAUCGGCAGCAUGGCGGCGCCGAGCGUGUUCGGCAUCGACGACGCCAUUUUGGAAAAACCGGCAGAGUUCACCUACCACGCCAGCUCCAACACGACGCUUUUUCUCAUUCCCCGCAAGCAGUUCGCCGACCUUUUCGCGCGUUCCGCCAUCUUCGCCAACAACGUCUCCAGCCAAAUUCUACGGACGCUGCCCUCCUUCUCCGUCUUUCAGGAGUUCUGUCGCUCUAUCUUUGGCAUCUCCUCCUCGUCCGCCGCGGACGCGCAGUCGAACAAGAACGGCUAUCGGAUCUCUUUGCCGACGCUUAUUGGUCUUUUCCGGUCCAGUGGCACCCUCUUUCACAAGCUCGUCAACACGAACGAGAUCGACUACGAGGCGCUGCGCUACGCCGUUCGCCGACUCCCCACCAAUAUCACCAUGACGUACAUCAUCAUCUUGACGCUGGGCAUCCCCGACUACCUGUCGGACGAAUUCCUCGCCGACGCGGCGAACACGGAGAACGGAGCAGCGCCCUUGACUAUCGCCGUCGACACGGGAAAGCGGCGGCGCUGCGCGUGGACCUUCGGUGGUGGGGGGCAGACCCUGGUGUUGAUGCGGGACGGCUUCACGGACACGGUCGACUUCGUGUCCAACUUGUGCAUCUUCUGCAUCGAGGCGAAGAAGCUGCGCUCCCGCCUGCAGCAGCUCGUGUCUCCAUCGGCGGCGGAGGUGGUCCGCAAUGCCAUUGCCCCAAGCGAAAACAAUUUCCAGAACCAGGCGCGCGCCGACGAAGUCUUUGCCUCGCUCCAGUUCUCCGAGGAGGAGAUGCAGGGGCUACGCAGUGUGUGGGGGGAUGAAACGCUGCAACAGCUGUACAACAUUGGCGUGCACCGGGAAGAGUACGUCGUGCAUGUGGAGAGCGUGAGCAGCAAGAUGUUCAGUGAAGACCCGUUUGCGAAUUGGGCUCUCACCAUUCUCCGCCACAUGAAGCGCCGCAUGAACACCGCUGAGUCGCAGUCUCUCCCGGAGGACGUUAUGAUUGACAUCCUCUUUUCGCCGAACCGGACGCUGAAGAACCUAUUUUGCUCCAUGUCAGCCGACCUCAAGACACUGAUCGAGAACAUAUCGGAAGAGACGGGAUUCGGCAAAGGCGAGCGCACCGGCAACUGGAAGAACGCGGACGACCGGUACUACUACCUGCUGACUGGCCUGCUCGAGCGCGACAGCACCAUCCGCAGCGCCUAUCGGUCGCGACUCGAGUCGAACGGCUUCACGCUGAUGGAGGACGGGCACCCGUCUGCCCUCAUCGUCGACCUCAUCGACAUCAGUAGCAUCUCGCCGGAGGAGACCGACCCGGGGCUCCGCGCGUGCGCCGCCAACGCGGCGAAGCAGAGUCGGGAAGGCAAGCGGCACUUCAUCAUCAACGUCGACAAGACGUUUGGUGCCCAAAUCGAGUCUAUUUUCCGCUCUCUCAUCCUCACGUUUGGCAAUCGCAUCCGCAGUGUCAACCUCAGCGGGAAGGCGGCCGGCAUUUGCGGCCAUCGCGGUGACGUCAUCUUUCCCGAAAAGCUCCUCUUCUCCAAGCAAACUUUCGGCGAAGACUCCACGGAUGAGAUUCGGCUCUGCAACCGGCAGGGCCUGGAAAAGGCCGACAUUGUGCCGUUUCUGGACAAGUCAUCCUCCGCUGCCAUUCACACCGGUACGCUGAUCACGUUGCCGGGUUUCAUGCUGCAGAGCCAGCCAGUGUUGAAGUUUUACAAGACAGUGCACGGCUGCACGGCGGUCGACCUGCAGAGCAGUUACGUUGCCAGACAGCUGGAGGAAUGCCGCCGAACGGGAGUCUUGAGCACAACGAUUCCGAGCCGCUAUCUCUUCUACUGCGAUGACAUGCCGAUGGGCAACGAGAACGGCUCCGUUCUCAAGUCGCAGAAGCGCGAGAUCAUCUCCACCAUCUACGCCACUGCCCGGGCACUCCUGUGCAAAAUCCUCCAGUCUUAG